UAAUGUCAGGACUGGUAUUUCGGCAGCUUUUCGACUCAACGAGCAGUACGUACACUUAUAUAAUCGGCUGUGGAGUUACACGUUUAGCAGCCAUAAUAGACCCCGUCUACGAGAAAGUCAGUCGAGAUGUUAAGAUGAUCAGUGAGCUAAAUCUGCAACUCAAAUAUGCUCUCAACACUCACUGCCAUGCUGACCACGUGACAGGGACUGCUGCACUACGUACCGCUACUGGUUGUCAGACUAUAAUCUCCAAAGCAUCAGCUGCAAAGGCUGACCUGUUUCUCAAUGAUAACGAGAAAGUUAAGAUAGGGAAUCUGGAGUUGGAAGCCAGGAGUACUCCCGGACACACGGACGGGUGUAUGACUUUCGUUCUUCACUCUCACGGAAUGUGCUUCACUGGAGAUGCGCUGAUGAUAAGAGCUUGUGGCAGAACAGAUUUCCAGCAGGGUGACGCACGAAGACUCUAUCACUCUGUUCACAGCAGAGUGUUUAGUUUACCUGAGGAAUUUAGUGUGUACCCUGCUCACGACUACCAGGGAAGAACCCAAAGCUCGGUGAGAGAGGAGAAGCUGUACAAUCCCAGACUGACGAAAUCAGAGGAGGAAUUUGCUACCAUCAUGGAAAACUUGGGACUGAGAUAUCCAGCAAAGAUAGACGUAUCUGUUCCUUGGAACAUGAGGUGUGGUCCCACUGUGGUCGAAGACAAGGAAAUUCUCGCUGACAUUGCUGCUAACAAGCCGCCAGCUAACUAAUCUACCGUACAUGUGACAUUCUCUGGAUUCUUAUCUCAUGUUUUUUUUUGUUUUUCGUUGAAUUGUUUUGCAACAGACAGAUUUUUUUUCUUCUUCUUAGCACUUGAACGUUUUGACUGUUCUUUAUGAGUAAUCUUUGUAACAUCUUACCGUUAACAUUUGAAAAAGUUUGACCCAAGCUUUUUGUAUCAAAAAGAAUUUAUAAGCGUUAGAUAUUACUCUAGUAGCAGGGAAUAGUUGAGUGUGCACUUCGAUGUGUACUAUUUCUGACAACACAGGGUUGUUUGUUAGGUCAUUCUUAACCAAAAUCGUGUGGGGUUGUCUCUAGCGAAACAAAUUGUGCACCCACACGAUUUUGGUUAAGAAUGACCUAACAAACAACCCUGUGUUGUCAGAAAUAGUACACAUCGAAGUGCACACUCAACUAUUCCCUGCUACUAGAGUAUAUAUUUUUGAUGUGAUUUAAUAACAAUUUGUAUCGGGCAAAUGCCAUUAUUAUCAUAUAUAAUUUGAUUCAUUCGAA